AUGCCGGAGGUGCCGGACCGGGGGCCGGCUAUGUCCCCCGGAAAUGCAGCGGAACCGGGACCUGCUCCGCCUGCUAGACACAUCAAGGUCCUCUACCUCUUUGCAGGGCUACCACGGGACGGAGACAUGACGAACCACAUCAAGCGAGAAGCGAAGCGUAAGGGCUACGCGGCUACAGUCACCUGCGUAGACAUCGGGCGCUCUCCGCAGAUGGACUUGGCGAGGCCUGGGCUACGCGAGCAGUUCCUGCAGCGGCUACGGGCCGAGGAGUUUGAUGCGGUCCUGCUGUCGCCUCCCUGCUCCACAUUCUCCAGAGCGGUGUGGGCUAACUUCAAGGGGCCACGCCCAGUGAGAAGCUAUACCCACCCGCGAGGGUACCAGAAGCUCUGGGGCAAGCAGAAAGAGAAGGCUGUGCUCGGCACCAUCUUCGCGGACUUCGCUUGGGAUGUUGCUACGGUAGUGGCAGAGGGAGCGACCAAGUUCCUCGCGUUUGAGCAGCCGGAGGACCUAGGCAAGCUACAGAAGGGCCCCUACCGAGGAAGUCGGCCAGCCUCGAUGUGGCAGUGGCCGCACCUCAAAAAGCUACUUGGGCAGGGAUUGCGGACCGCGGCUUUCCACCAGGCAAGUUUUGGGGUUUCUUAUGCUAAGCCUACCCGCCUCCUCCUUAAGACCCCGGUCCAGCUACCGGACUUUGUUUUUGAGGGUCCGCCGGUCUUCGGACCCGCGGGGGACUACGAAGGGCCGCUCAGGGGCCAGCGCAUGGGAGCCAUGGCUACGCGGAACAAUGCGGGUACCUUCCGAACUACAGGUACGGAGCAGUGGCCCUCAGCUAUGUGCGCGUGGCUAGCGGACCUUUUGAGUGGCGUUGGAGAGGGGACGGAGCACACGGCUACACAAGAGGCGACUCCCGACGAUUCUCUAAAAGAACCAGAUGGACGUCGGCUACUCGGAGGAAGAGGUCCCCCUAGGACGCGCAGACAGCUAGGGGUGAAUAAGCCUUUCCAUGAUGGGGGAGGGCUAUGCUCACCCGGGCGCUGGAGGCAGGGCGACAGGAGCUACGCCGAGGGCGCCGACUGGGAGGACCUCCGCGAUAAGAUGAGAGAUCUGGCUAUCCGCAAGCUGGGCUCGGAGCGGGAGCUAGAGAGGGAAGCGUUCAGGAUGGCGGCAGGAGAUGGAGUGGGCAUCCGCCUGGCUACCGACGAGUCCUUCCUGGGGGAGCUGCGGGAGCUCUGGGCUUCCUGGCUAGAGAAGAGAGGGAUCGUGGACCCGAAGAUCCUGGAGGUGGCCCCGGGGCAGCCGCUAUAUCUGCGCCUGAUACGCGCGCUACUCGAGGCGGCGGAGGACCCGGACAGGGAGUUCCUGCUGGAAGCCGAGACUGGCCUCCCAGUGGGGAUAAGGACGCCGCUACCCAGGACCCCCCAUGUGUUUGAAGAGCAGACCAAAUGGGCCUUGGAGAACGCUACCUGGGAACCUGCGCUAAGUUGGGUACCCAAUUACGGCUCCCUUGCGGAUCACCGUGAGUUCGUCAGAGCUAAGUUCGAGGAGGACGUCCAAGAGGGCCUCAUGGAAAAGAUGUCGCUAAGGGAGUUCAAGCAGAGGUAUGGGGAGCAUAGGGCUAUCGCAGCCUUGGCGGUCAUCGUGGAGGACGAAGCUACCGGGAAGAAGCGGGUGAUCCACGAUGCUACCCAUGGGGUCAGGGUGAACCACAGGAUCAGGUGCCGUGACAAGCUACGGGCGCCUGGGGCCCGGGAAAAGAAGUGCUUGCUGCUAGAGCUCCAGGAGAAGGACCUCAAGGCCUUCUCCGUGGUGGGCGAUAUCGCUAAAGCACAUCGGCGGUAUCUCCACCGGGAAGAUGAGCACGGCUACCUGGGGUGCCAAGUGGACACGGAGGAGGCUACCCCCGGCGACCCGGACUCCCAGAUAGUGUAUGUCAACAAGGUCGGCACCUUCGGGCUAUCCUGCGCCAGCUACUGGUGGACUAGGAUCGCAGCGUGUGGACUCAGAGCCACCCACCACCUGCUAGGGGCGUCCUACCCUGUCGACAUGCUCCUGUAUGCGGACGACCUGGAGACGCUAGGCACCGGAGCACGAGGCCGGCCGUUGAGCUCCACCUACCUGGCGGCCAUGGGCUACCCCUUCAAGUGGCCAAAGACGCGGGGUGGCUUCAAGGUGGAGUGGCUAGGGAUGGAGACUGACUAUGUGGGCUACCGGCUGGGGCUCUCACCGAAGAGAGCAAGCUGGCUAGUGGACUGGCUAAGGAACCUCGCGAAGGAGGGUAGGGCCGAGGCGAAGCCCAUGGCGGCUAGGCUUCGCAGCCAUUGCACUGGACUGGGAGCGUCCCUUCCUGGGGCCCUUGCAUGCCUGGUCGGCGGCCAUCCAGGACAAGAGAGGCUACUUGACCCUUCCAGUAAUGCUGCAGACCCUUUGCCACUGGCUAGCCGACCGUAUGGAAGGAGGGGGACGCCUACAGAGGCCGACGAGGGACGUGCCUGGAUCGGGGGCUUCCUGGAGGUGGUGCCGGGGGGGCACACACCCUGGUUCUCGCUAGAAGUGGAGCCGAGCUGGGCCCCCUGGGCCUUCGAGAAAGGGGACCCCAAGAAAGUCAUCGCAGCGCUAGAAUUGCUAGCGACCCUGGUGGCUGUGAAGCUAUGGGUUCCCGAAGGAGGGGAAAGGAAGGCUUCUCGAGUGGCCCUCCGAGGCUACACGGACAACAAGUCCAAUGAGGCCUUGCUAAAGAAGUCCAUGACCACGAAGUAUCCCUCCGGACUCAUCCUGAUGGAGCUAGCAGAGGAACUUGCGGCCCGGAACUGCGAGCUAGACCUGCAGUGGAUCCGCAGAGACCUCAAUCAGCUAGCGGAUGAUCUGACCAACGAGGAGUUCAAGCACUUUGCAACAGACUUCCGGAUCCCCGUGAAGGGGGAGAAGCUAGAGUGGCGCAUCCUGGGGCUUCUCCUUGGGCACGCAGGAAGCUACUACAAGGAGCUAAGUGUGCGGAAAAGGGAGAGGCCGACCCCGGUUCAGGGCGGAGAAAGAGGCCCAGGAGGCUAG